UAGCAGCAGAAGCAGCAGCAGUAGCAGCAGCACAGUGUUCCUCGGAUGCAGUGAGAGCAGAAGCAGCAGCAGCAGCAGAAGUAGCAGCAGCAGAAACACGGAGCAGCGUUCGCACAGCAACACAGCAACAAUAAGACCCAAACGAUGACAUUGUCACAGAGACGACAGCAGCAAACAGUUAUUUGACAACUUGACUUGACCAGUCUCACACCUCGCCUCCGCCGCUCCUCGCUGUAAGUGCCCCGGUCCAACUGCCUGGCCCUCCCAGCCCAUUGGCCCUCCAGUCCAGCGGGACCAUGAUGCUCAGCAGCUCCGUGGAGGUGCCCAGCCCGGGCGGGAUCAGCGGCCUCAGCGGGCUGAGUGCGGCGGCCCGGAACGUGGUGCGCUCCUCCAGCAUCUCAGGGGCCAUGUACAACCUGGACAAGAGUCCCGGGAGUGGAGGCCCGGACUCUGCAUCUUUGGCUGGCAACAAGAAGCGGCGCUCCAGCCUGGGUGCUAAGAUGGUGGCCAUUGUGGGGUUGUCACAGUGGAGCAAGAGCACACAGCAACUCAACCAGCAAGACGGUGGGACGAAGAAGCUUCGCAGCACCAUCCGACGGAGCACCGAGACUGGCAUCGCCGUGGAGAUGAGGAACAGGGUGACACGGCAGGGGAGCAAAGACUCCACCGACGGUAGCACCAACUCAAACAGCUCCGAUGGAACGUUCGUCUUCCCGACUACGCGCCUGGGGCCCGAGAGCCAGUUCAGUGACUUUCUGGACGGACUGGGCCCGGCUCAGAUUGUAGGCCGGCAGACAUUAGCUACACCCCCCAUGGGGGACGUCCAUGUCGGCAUGGUGGACAGAGGAGGGCAACUGGAGGUGGCGGUCAACCAGGCCAGAGGGUUGACCCCUAAACCCGGCUCCAAGAACAUACCAGCCACUUACGUGAAGGUGUACGUCCUGGAGAAUGGAGUGUGCUUGGCUAAGAAGAAAACCAAAGUAGUGAAGAAGAAUUUGGACCCCACCUACCAGCAGGCUCUGUUGUUUGAUGAGAGUCCUCAGGGCAAAGUCCUACAGGUAAUAGUGUGGGGGGAUUACGGGCGUAUGGACCACAAGUGCUUCAUGGGAAUGGCCCAGAUCCUUCUGGAUGACUUGGACCUGUCUGCCACAGUCAGCGGCUGGUUCAAGCUGUUCCCUACCUCCUCUCUGGCAGACCCCAGCAUCGGACCCCUCACCAGACGCCUCUCUCAGUCCUCCCUGGAGAGCGCCACCAGCCCCUCAUGCACCUAGGACUCACCUCACUCUCCUCCCCCCUCCCCCCUCCAUCCCUCCCGUAGACACACACAUGCACAGGCGCAGGUAGAGUCAUGCAGACACGGACACACGUACUGUACAUACACGACUACUGUAUCUGAAGUAGGUAGGCAUACACAGACACACACACACAAUCACACGCGUACGUACACCUGUGCAGGAAAACAAGUGACAUAAUCAUCAGACAUGAACACUCACUUUACUGACGCGCCGCCAUAUCUCCUAGUGGACGUUAUGCUCUUAUUUUCUCCCUCACUCGAUUUAGUGUUUUCGUUUGACAUCAUCUGAGCAAAUCCCCGACGUAUUUUACCAGAACAUGUAGCAUUUUUCCCACCAUCAACUGCCCACCGUGACACGACACUCGCAGCACUGCGUGCCAUGCUCUGCAUUCCAAGACACCAGAUCUCCGUGGCAUGACUUACAACCAGGGCCAUCGACAUGCCAGUUUCUAUACUCUCUAUGCCAAACUAACACAAAAAAAACUUUAUUUUUUAAAAACCAAAGCAAUUGUUAUUGUUGUUAUAAUUACUAUAAGUAGUAGGUGAACUAGUAUACGAUAUUUAAAAGUAUGGAUAUGUAGCAGAGUCGAUGACUUAGAUGUAUAAUGCAAAAAAAAAUGGAAAAACAUUCUACACACACACACACACACACACACACACACGAGCUGAGAACAGUAGGCCAAACACAUAAACUUACUUGGAUGUGCACAUAAUGGCUAUUAUGUGAGGUAGCAACACGGCUAUUCUUUAAUUUUCACAGGGCAGAGUUUAUAUAUAUAUAUUCAUAUACAUAUAUAUAAAUAGAUAGUUAUAUACUUAUUUGUGUUUAUGUACGUAUCGGCUGCAUUCUGCAUGUUUGCUUGCGAUCCUCGUAGAGACGAUUUUAAAAAGCGCUUUGCUCCUUUUUUAUUCUUCUUAAUUUAGCUCGACCUUGACCAAUGCAACGGGAGUUUUAGUGCCAGAUUUACUUUGCCGUCCGUCCUGAAAAAGUGCACUGCACUGAGUUAGGGAGAAGGACGGGGGGCUUCAGCGACAGGGAGAGCGCGUCCGUCACCAUCCGCAAAAAGAAGAGAACAAAUCACACAGCUGCACAUUUGCAGAGGAACACGUUUCUGAUCUUGCCUUCAUGUCGAGGAGGAGGGACUGACUGACACUCGGCACAAAAGCUCUGUUCUAGGGUUUUCUUGUGUUCUACAUCCAGGGGGUGCCACAGUGUCCUUCUCUCUCUCUCUCUCUCUUUCUCUGUAUACCAGCACCUAGACUUGUUUGAACUUCCUUGUGGUAUCCCCUGUUUUAUGUUGUGGUUGUUCCUGGACUCUUCCUGGUUGGUGAAAGUAGGCGGGGAGGUUGCGAAUGUGCCUCUGGUCUCUUUUUGAAGUCUCGUCACAUCACCGCAGGUAAACGUGCACACAGAUUUUUACCAGCUUCGACCUUUAAGUCUCCUACUGUCUCUCUGGUCACUCCUCUUCUUCCUCUCUGUCACACUGACUGUAACAAAGAUUUUUCUCUUUUUUAUUUGUUGCAAAACGUGUCAACGCGUGUUUUUUCUUUUUGAUAUCCGACUAUUUACGCUAGACUAAUUUGCUAGCAGGGUGAUUGUUCACCUGCCAUAUUUAUAUGGUACUUCAACUUGUUUCAGGUGCAGUAUGUCAAGUCGAAUCAAUCUUAUUUCCUAUUUGCUGUCAGGCAAGCGUGUUUGUGUUCAAGAUGGCACUUUAUUGAUCAAUAUGUCUGAUGUUUUUUUCUAAACCUGUGGUGGUUGACCACAAUUUAGUUUAUUAUUAUUAUUAUUGUUAUUAUUUUGAAUUUGGUCUCACAACAGUGAUCAUGGAAUGGUAACCAGAGUCUAUUAUGAACUGAAAUGUAAGGGCCAAAUGAAACCACUGAAACAGGUCAGUCUUGCCUUUUGCAUCUGAAUUUACGAUGUUAAAAUCUAAUGUUAUUUACAAACAAAUUCACAUGUUUCUAUUCCUUUUGGGAAACAUUUUGAGACAUGCAGAUGCUUUGAACUGAAUCACGAUAUUUAUGUUUAAUGGAUUUAAAGAAAGGUAAUACUAAUCCAUCAGCUGUUUUUACUUAAAUGAGGGGUUGAGUCUUCACUGACAGCUGCUGGCAUUUCCUGUUUUCUUUUAAGUUUAACAAAAGUGUAUUCAUGUCAAGUGUUCUCUGUCUCUGUCUCGGGGGACAACGCCGAACUUUGUAUAUAGAGAAAGACAGAAAAGACUGUUGUAUUUCCGUGGUGUUGCAAGCGCUGACAGGCCCAAGCUACAGUCUAUUAUAAGCCUGUCUGUGUUUAUGAGCUUGCAUUUGGUUUAAACACCACCAUAUAUAUGUAUGUAUACAUAUACUGUAUAUAUAUUUAUAUAUAUAUAUAUAUCUAUAUACAUAUGUGUGUGUGUGUGUAUUCCUUUGUCUCCCAAGAACUGUCUUUCCUUUUUCUUCCUUGUUCUACAAAAAGGGAACAUCUGAGGCAUUUUGACCUCUCAGCACCUCAGGCCAACAAAUCACACUAUCAUUCUUGAAUUUUUGGGAAGGGUGCUAUGUUGUUGUUUUUUUGAACCCUCCUCCCAUCAUGAAUACAAAGGUUGUAUUGUUGCACACCUGCUCAGCUCACUUGAAGAGAGUCACAGUGGCAAUGGGUGCAGCAGUAUCGGAGUAGUUUUACAAAUACGAGUACUUAAUACGACCCCUUUCAAAUGAAUUUUCAAGGUUCUGGUUCCAGUAUUCUUAUAUCCCUGCUGGGCCUGUAGUCGUAUGGUCUUGUAUACGAUGUGAUUUUAUGUACCUUGUUUGAUUUGUAUGUUUUAUUCGCGGACAGCCGGCAUGAUGUAAAAAAAACAAAAAACGAAGACUUAUACUCCCGGCAUUUGCACACGUUCUCUUCAGUGCACACAGAAAAAAAAAGCCUGAUUGACGAUAGAGAAAUGUCAUGGAUAGAACUUUAUAGGGAAUUUCUAAACCUGUUAAAACAUCCCCGCUCAAUGUUCCGUCCUUGGUAAACUAUAAAAGUGUCAUGUGAUUUCCAGUGUUCUGAAGCUUGUAUGAGACUUUGUCCCUUUGCUGUAUUUAAGUAUAAACCCAAAACACUCACAGUAUAGGAGGGGAAAAAAAGACAACUCAAAGUGAUGUAUAAUUAUUCUGUCAAUGGUGUAUUUAUAGAGAGCUGAUAGCGUUUGCCAAAAUUUGUCCAAAUUCCGUUUUUGCACCGGCAGCCAAAAGGAAAAGCUGUAAUGUAAUGCCUUCCUUCAGCGUGUAGUGUGGGUGUACGUCUUUUUUAACGACAAUGAGGUGCAUUUUAUUGUACUGUGUGAUGCAUCAUGGGUGAUGAGCCAAAAAACAUGUGCGCCAGAGAAGUGAGAAUUUAUGAGGAAAAAGCCACAUUAAGAGUGGACCUCAAGAUUUCAGAUCAUCAUCAGAAUUUAUCGUCGUAUUUCACAUUUCUAUUCCUACAGCAUUCUUUUGUUUGGACACGCACUAUUGUUUUAAAUGGCUGAGAUAGAAAAAUUAGCUUUUCUUUGUUUUUUUUUUAAAUAUAAAGGUGAAUGCACACGUUUGCUGGGUAAAUAGCGGAUCAUAGAUGUUUUGGAGGAGUAAAAACGAGAAGAUAGUCUCAGUUUGUGUGUCUCUGUGUUCCGACACGAGGCCGAGUGGAGAUGUGAAUGUAAAGCUCCAACGAUGCUUGGAAUGUAAACCCCGCACACACUCUUGCUUGUUUUGCUGUAAAAAAAAAACAAAAAAAAAAUCCACAUUUAUUUAGCAUUUUCCUUCCUGUCCUUAAUGCUAAACUCUUUUCUAUCGCUUCCGCCAAUCAACCCGAACUGUCUCUUGUGCGCUUCGUUGAAAAUGCAUUUUAUUUUUGUAAGAGAGGAAUUAUUCAGAGAAGAAAACGAGAGUGAGGGCACUAAGGGCAAAACAAAGUUGCCUUUAGACUUAAGUGAAAAUGAGGGCUUGUUCUGUUUACAAUGGCCUUAUUUUGUGUAGGAGACAUGGCUUCACGACGGCCGACAACAUAUUUUGCUUGAAAUAUUGUACUGACGUUAUAUAUGUGUAUAUGUAUAGUUUUAUGAAUGUAUUUCUUAAUCCUUACUGUCAUUUUUGUCAUCUUGUCUCUUUUAAAGACUUUCCAGGGACUUCACCUGCACUAGUUGAGCCCCCCCCCGCUGUUCCUCUCCUGUACUGUUCACUUCUCUGUGUAUUCUUUAAAAGAACAGCUCUGGGGGUCAAAACGAGCUUGGAUUCCGUGGGGCGAGAAUUUCAUCUUUAUUUAUUUAGAAAUGCCAUGAUGGGUUUCACUCACGAGGAUUGCUGCCCCCCCCCCACCCCCCCACCGCACACGAUAACUUACUGAUUAAGCUGUCGAGAGGAUGGAGUUGUUAUGAUUUUUUGUACUUUUAAACGAGGAAAAAUGUUUUGCCGCAUGGUUACGCAGAUGAAUUCCUUGUAUUUAAUCCGUCUGAUGGUAUGAUAAUAACGAUGAUGAAGCCAGUUUGACCCAGUUCUUGAGAAUUUAAGUGAGUUGCAAAAGAAUAUACUGUAUUUAAAAGUAGCAUGGACUUGACCUUUUUUUGAAUACUAAUUCUUUUGGCAAUAAGAAUUGUCCGGGCCUUCAACAUGGCGUCACUAUGACAGUAGCUGAAAGACCACAGUGACACACAUGAGUUGAAUCACAUUUGCAAGCACUAGAAGCAACUAAAAAGCAUGUAAUGCAUUGUGAAUAACUGUUAUUCCUACGAUUAUCCCUCCCCCUUUUCUAUUGUUUCCAAUGAAGCAUGUUCUAUUUGCCAGUGUAGUGGGUGUCGGCGAGAACUAAACACACGUCACUGUGGACGUAAAAGGACAGAGUUGUCUUCAUACACGUGUGUGACAAUGUUAGUAAUAACAGCACAAGUUUCCUCAGUAGCCAUUUUCUUCUUUUUUUUAAGUGUCUGUCAGUCGAUAUGAAGACCACGCUAGCUUCCCCUCCCCCCACUGACAAGACGACCUGUUUCUUAUCAAGGCCAGCAAAACUCAAACCCUUACAAAACUAGUGGCUCCAUGUGAUGGUUUUGGUAUUGAAUCGACCACAAUUGCAGUGUAUUUCCGAGCACACGUGAGUGUUUGAUGCCUCGGAAUCAAAUGUCAAGAUGGAUUUGCUGGUGUUGGUAGAUGACUUGUUGUCUUGUCUUAGCCGUCCCACUGAUGAGUGCAUUUCACAGGGCAAAGCAUAGCAGGACCGUCUGAGCAGAGGAUGCAGUUUAUGGCAAAAGACGUUAGAAAAGGGAGCUGUAAUUUUAUACCUGUGCUUUGUAAAUGUUUUCUAUGUGCAGUAUUUGAUAAUGUAAAACUGGUAUUUUUGUGGUUUGUACGCUGCAGAAUUGACUACUUAAAGGUGCACGUAGUUUUCUAAGAAAAUACAACCAAACUGAGGAAAAAAAAGAAAAAAAAAAAGUUUUCCGAUUCAGAAGCCUGUAUCUGCAUGCCCUUUGACAUCUGGACGCAAAGUCAAUAAAGUUUAUUUGAAUCACUGAA